UGGCUUCUAUCUGCUUUGGCUCCAAAACACUCCUGGACACGCUUUCCUCUAUCGCUUCGCUCUGAAUAGUUUUCUCUCACGGGAAUUAUCGCAAACACAGAGCUAGAGUGAGCGAAGGGGGAAGAAGAGGUUGAGAAACAAUGUCUCUCCGGCCAAAUUCUCGAACCGAGGUUCGUAAGAAAUCUUACAAGACGGGAGUCGAUGCAGAUGAAGCUCGGCGAAGAAGGGAAGACAAUCUCGUCGAGAUCAGAAAGAACAAGCGAGAAGACAAUCUCCUUAAGAAACGCCGCGAAGGGCUUCAUUUAUCUCAGCCACACAUCGAACCUUCUCAAUCCGCCCAGGCUGUCGAGAGAAGGUUGGAAAGUCUCCCUGUGAUGGUACAAGGAGUAUGGUCUGAUAAUCCUGUUUCUCAAUUGGAAGCAACUACACAAUUCAGGAAGCUUUUAUCAAUUGAGCGCAGUCCUCCCAUUGAGGAGGUAAUCAAUGCAGGUGUUGUCCCUCGGUUUGUGGAAUUUCUUGGUAGGCAUGAUAUGCCUCAAUUGCAAUUUGAGGCAGCAUGGGCAUUGACCAACAUUGCAUCUGGGACAUCAGAACAUACUCGAGUUGUAAUUGAGCAUAGUGCUGUCUCUAAGUUUGUGCAACUUCUUAGCUCUUCAAGUGACGAUGUCCGAGAACAGGCGGUAUGGGCUUUGGGUAAUGUAGCUGGUGACUCUCCAAGUUGUAGGGAUCUUGUUCUAAGUAAUGGUGCCCUCAUGCCAUUAUUGGCUCAGCUAAAUGAACAUUCUAAACUAUCCAUGCUGAGAAAUGCAACCUGGACUUUAUCAAACUUCUGCCGUGGCAAGCCGCCAGCACCAUUUGAGCAGGUGAAGCCUGCAUUGUCCGCCCUUCAGCACCUUAUCCACUCAACUGAUGAUGAAGUUCUAACAGAUGCAUGUUGGGCCCUCUCAUAUCUUUCAGAUGGCACAAAUGACAAAAUUCAGGCUGUGAUUGAAGCAGGUGUCUGUCAACGUCUUGUGGAACUUCUCCUUCAUCCAUCUCCAACAGUUCUUAUUCCCGCUCUUCGCACGAUAGGAAACAUUGUCACCGGAGAUGAUGCUCAGACACAGUUUGUAAUUGACAACCAAGUGCUCCCUUGUCUCCAUCAACUUCUCACUCAAAAUCACAAAAAAAGCAUCAAGAAAGAAGCAUGUUGGACCAUCUCAAACAUCACUGCUGGGAAUAGAGGUCAGAUACAGGCUGUUAUCGAUGCCAACAUUAUCCUCCCUCUAGUACAGCUGCUUCAACAUGCAGAGUUUGACAUCAAGAAAGAGGCUGCAUGGGCUAUUUCAAAUGCCACCUCUGGGGGAUCCCAUGAGCAGAUACAAUAUUUGGUGAGCCAAGGCUGCAUCAAACCACUCUGUGAUCUUCUGAUCUGCCCAGAUCCUAGGAUUGUAACAGUUUGCCUUGAGGGACUUGAGAAUAUUUUAAAGGUGGGUGAGGCUGACAAAGAGAUGGGGAAGACUGAUGGAGUCAAUAUCUAUGCACAAAUUAUCGAUGAGUGUGAGGGGUUGGAUAAGAUUGAGAACCUACAAAAUCAUGAUAAUAAUGAGAUCUAUGAGAAGGCUAUGAAGAUCUUGGAGAGAUAUUGGGUGGAUGAUGAAGAGGAAGAACAGAAUCUUCAAGAUGAUGGUGAGGCCGCUCAACAAGCCUAUGCUUUUGCAACCAACCAGCCCAAUAUUCCAUCUGGGGGCUUUAAUUUUGGUUGAAGUGUGUCAGUGGUGUUUAAUCAUCUAGAUUUUUGGUGUUAGUCUGUUGAAGAAAAAUGAUUGAAUAUAUAUUCCUGCUGCAUGAAUCAGGAAUUUUUGGUCUCUCUAAGGUAGCUUCCUAGUGGAUGCUGACAAAGUGUAAUGGGCUUUGAAUCAUGUUUCUUAUUUUGACAUGUAUUUUUAUUUUUGGGUAUUUCGAUAAAGAAUAUCAAGGUUCAUGACAA